AUCCACUCACACUCUAGCUCCCAAUUAAAAGCAAUAUAGUUUGUUUAAUUGUUGCUUCAUUUCUAUUGUGUGAAUGGCAUUUGGGAAGUUCAUUAUGAAUAUAGGGGUAGUGGCAAUGGUUCUGGGUUUAUGGAUUCGGGUUGGAUUUGCACAACAAGUACCUUGCUACUUUAUUUUUGGAGACUCUUUGGUGGAUAAUGGGAACAACAACCAGCUUAACUCACUGGCUAAGGCUAAUUAUCUCCCUUAUGGGAUUGACUUCGCUGGUGGCCCAACUGGAAGGUUUUCCAAUGGAAAAACCACUGUUGAUGUAGUCGCUGAGCUUUUGGGAUUCAACGGUUACAUUCGUCCAUAUGCAAGGGCUAGAGGCCGAGAUAUACUUAGUGGAGUCAAUUAUGCUUCUGCAGCUGCCGGAAUUAGAGAAGAAACUGGACAGCAACUGGGAGGCCGAAUCAGUUUUAGAGGGCAGGUGCAAAAUUACCAAAGAACAGUGUCCCAGAUGGUAAAUUUACUGGGAGAUGAGAACACAACUGCAAAUUACCUGAGCAAGUGCAUUUAUUCAAUUGGAAUGGGUAGCAAUGAUUACCUUAACAACUAUUUCAUGCCUCUAAUCUAUUCCAGCAGCAGGCAAUUCACACCACAGCAGUAUGCUGACGUGCUUGUUCAAGCAUAUGCUCAACAACUGAGGAUUCUUUACAAAUAUGGGGCAAGGAAAAUGGCCUUGUUUGGUGUUGGUCAAAUAGGUUGCAGCCCUAAUGCACUGGCCCAAAACAGCCCAGAUGGUAGAACAUGUGUGGCAAGAAUCAAUUCUGCAAACCAAUUAUUCAACAACGGGUUGAGAUCUCUUGUUGAUCAACUCAACAACCAGGUUCCGGAUGCAAGAUUCAUCUAUAUAAACGUUUAUGGUAUCUUUCAAGAUAUCUUAAGCAACCCAUCUUCCUAUGGAUUUAGGGUCACAAAUGCUGGGUGCUGUGGGGUAGGAAGGAACAAUGGUCAAGUUACAUGUCUGCCUCUGCAAACCCCAUGCAGGACCAGGGGUGCGUUCCUGUUUUGGGAUGCAUUUCAUCCAACUGAGGCUGCCAAUACCAUCAUUGGUAGGAGAGCUUACAAUGCUCAAUCUGCAUCAGAUGCUUACCCUGUUGAUAUCAAUCGCUUAGCUCAGAUCUAAAGAGGGUCUUGUAGUAGCCAUAAGCUGUGCCGUGAUAACUAUAAUUGUAAUGUUUGUGUAGUCUUCGCAUCCUUUUCUUGUUCAGGUUUUAAAUGUUUGUGUUCAGAAGUCUAAGUGUAAUUUGGCAUAAAAAUUUUGGUUAAGAAAUUUGCAUAUUUUUUAGUGAGUACUACUUGUUGGCUGAUGUUAUGUAUAUUUUCAUCCAAAGUGAAUAAAAUGACAAGAAAUUGUUUGCUUUCAAA